CUGAUAGAGAUGCCACCGCACGGCGCAGUUAUGUUUACACUUGCGAUCAAUUGGCGCGAAUGUUUUAAGAUCAUCCUUCCGCUACACACGAUGAAACGGGCCAAGACGACAAAGGCAGGUCCCUCCAAGAAGGCCACAAAAAAGCAGGAGGGCAACCGGAAAGAAGAGUCCAAAGAUAGCCAGGAGAGCACGGAAGAGGAGGCUUCUCCUUCGAAGGCUUCGUCCGCUUCCAAGCCGGACUACCAGAACUUCGAUCAGUUCCUCACCCACCUGGAAGUCCAGAGGUUCUCCACGGCAGACAGCAUUAAGGAAUUCUCCUUCCGAAAGAAACGAGUGCGCGUUCUGUCGAAAAACGAAGAUGUGGAGGAGUCCAGCAAAGGAGGCGUCGUCUACUGGAUGUCCCGCGAUGGGCGCGUCCAAGACAACUGGGCCCUCCUCUUCGCCCAGCGUUUGGCUCUCAAACUGGAACUGCCGCUGUCGGUGGUCUUCUGCCUCGUCCCCAAGUUCCUGAAUGCCACAAUUAGGCACUACAAGUUCAUGAUGGGCGGCCUGCAGGAGGUGGAGCAGCAGUGCCGCACUCUGGACAUACCCUUCCACCUGCUCAUAGGUCCGCCCGUAGAGCGGCUGCCGGAUUUUGUGAAAACCAAUGACAUAGGUGCCGUAGUCUGCGAUUUUUCCCCUCUGCGUCUGCCCCGUCAGUGGGUCGAUGAUGUGGGCAAGGCGCUGCCCAAGAGUGUGCCUCUCGUCCAGGUCGAUGCCCACAAUGUGGUCCCUCUGUGGGUGGCUUCGGACAAACAGGAGUAUGCGGCUCGCACCAUUCGCAACAAGAUCAACUCAAAGCUGGAUGAGUUUCUCAGCGAAUUUCCACCGGUUGUGCCGCAUCCCCAUGGAUCGGGAUGCAAGGGGGCCAAAGCCGUGGACUGGCCAGCUGCCUAUGCCAAGCUGCAGUGCGACAUGGACGUGGACGAGGUGCAGGGGGCCCAGCCGGGCUACAAGGCGGCAUGCCAGCAACUCUACGAGUUUUGCAGUCGUCGCCUGCGACAUUUCAAUGACAAGCGCAACGAUCCCACGGCAGAUGCCUUGUCCGGUCUGUCGCCUUGGCUGCACUUCGGCCAGAUUUCAGCCCAGCGAUGCGCCCUGGAGGUGCAGCGCUUCCGAGGUCAACACAAGGCCUCGGCGGAUGCCUUUUGCGAGGAGGCCAUUGUGCGUCGUGAGCUGGCGGAUAACUUUUGCUACUACAAUGAGCACUACGACAGUCUGAAAGGUCUCAGCUCGUGGGCAUAUCAAACCCUGGAUGCCCACCGCAAGGACAAAAGAGAUCCAUGCUACAACCUGGAGGAACUAGAGAAGUCCCUAACCUACGACGACCUGUGGAACUCGGCGCAACUGCAGCUGGUGCGCGAGGGCAAGAUGCACGGCUUCUUGCGCAUGUACUGGGCCAAAAAGAUUCUCGAAUGGACCGCCACGCCGGAACUGGCGCUGGAGUACGCGAUCCUGCUAAACGACAAGUACAGCCUUGAUGGACGCGAUCCCAACGGCUACGUGGGCUGCAUGUGGUCCAUCGGCGGCGUCCACGAUAUGGGAUGGAAGGAGCGCGCCAUUUUCGGCAAGGUUCGGUACAUGAACUAUCAGGGCUGCCGGCGCAAGUUCGAUGUGAACGCCUUCGUAAUGCGCUAUGGGGGCAAGGUGCACAAGAAUAAAUAAACUUUGGAUGUCUUUGCCUUAGUUUUGAACGCAA